AUGUCGCGCAUCACCGCCCCCGUCGCAAAGCUCACCCGCUCCAUCAACUCCGCCGCCACGGCCAGCCGAUCCAGCGGCCUCCUCGAGUCUCACUACAACGUCAACCACGGCGCCGUCCUCAUGCCGAAAUACGCAGAGCUGCUCCAGAACCGGAGCACCCGCGAGCACGAUUCCGCCCGCACCCUGAGCACAACCCACCGCCCAACCCCCCAGCCAACCCGGACCUCCCCCUCCGUCCGCCAGAUGCAAACCUUCUCCUCCGGCGCAUCAUCCUCUACCAACGCCGGCGGAAUGGACUUCACGAUCCUCCCCAUCUCCUACGACCCCGUCCCCAGAAACGAAUUCGCGGGCAUGCGCAUGCCCCUCCUCCCAGACUCCUUCACCACGAAACACCAAUCCCUCUACGAGCAGACCCCCGCCUCCGCCGCGGACGCCCUCCCGCUCUCCAAGCCCGAGAUCUCAAUCAUCGCCGCGCACCCGGAAAACGUCACCACCGCCGCCGCGUUGACGGAGGUCGAGGGCUUCGGCGUGGACGGCGUGGAGCUGAAGUGGGCUCACGACAGCGAGGCCGCCGCCGAGACGGAGGCGCACCAGCCCGGUUUGAGAGAUUUGUGGAAGGGACUUGUUGAUAACGUUGUUGGGUCGUCGCAGAAGCCUGCUUUCUAA